AUGUAUGGCUUAACUGAGACGUGGGAAGAAUGCUUGGACCCAUCCAAAAAGAACCAAACGAUGGUAGGACGCCUUGAAGAGCCUUCGGCAAUAGCGUCGAGAGACGAACCAGCAAUAAAAUACCGAGCUAGGUUACCCCCCACGGUGGUGGAGAGGUCACGUUUCACAAGAAGGAUCUGUCCCCGGAUCUGUGGCACGCCUGUCCUCGCUCCUCCCGGCUCCUCCUACACCGCCGAAGAGCUCUUGUCAGGUGCUGUUGAGUCUGCGCCUGCCGCUGCCAAAACUGUUGAUCAGCAACGAUGA